AUGCAGGGCUUUAAUAUGGGACGGUAUGUCCCACCGGAUCAAGAAGGCCUGACCACCGGAAACAAGCUCGCCGGCAAACAUCCCCUCGGCGCACGCGCACGCCACCUCAACACCACUGGCGCACUUAUUGUACGUUUUGAAAUGCCCUUCGCGACAUGGUGCACAAACUGCAAACCUCACGAGACUAUCAUCGGUCAAGGCGUGCGCUUCAACGCUGAGAAGAAGAAAAUUGGAAACUACUACUCCACUCCGAUCUACAGCUUUCGCAUGAAACACAUUCCAUGCGGAGGAUGGAUUGAAAUUCGAACGGACCCGCAGAAUACCGCAUAUGUUGUUCACGAAGGUGGACGGAAACGGGAUACUGGUGAUGAUAAACCGCUACAGCCUGGCGAGAUCGCCAUUCGAGCUCCGGGCUUGGAGCCAGAUCCCGCGGAGAAGGACCCGUUUUCCAAGAUCGAGGGAAAGAUGGAGGAUAAGCGCAAGGCCAAUACAGAGGCGAGUCGGAUUCUGGAGUUGCAGGAGAGACAGAAUCGUGAUUGGGAAGAUCCAUACAUGUUGUCGCAAAAACUAAGGCGCACGUUCCGAGCCGAGAGGAAAGGACUCGAGAAGCUGGAGUCGAAUCGCGAGGCUUUGCAAGAUAAAAUGAGCCUGGGAUUUGAUGUUGUUGAUGAAACGGAAGAAGAUCGUCAACGAGCUGGCAUGGUGGACUUUGGCGAUGAUCAGGCUGCUGCUGGAAUCGAAGCUACCCGCGCAAAUCGCAGACGUCCUAUGUUUGAGCAACUGACGUCCAGUGAUACGGCGAAGUCUACCAAAAAUAAUAAGGGGAAAAGCAAGGGAAGUCUAACCCGAACCAAAACUGCUGAGCUUGCUAAGCGUAAAGCUUCGUUACGCGAAGAGCUGGCUGGGAAUACACGUGCAGUUAUCGACCCGUUCUUGAAGGACGCUAGUGAUGAUCCAAGCUCUUGGAGAACGUCUCGGAAGCGGAAAAAGCCCGCCUCGUUGAUUCCUGGCCACCGUGAAGGGACCGAGCCUAGUGAUACGACCGACUCAUCAACAAAGCAUACUUCAACCCCCACGCCGCCAAGCUUGCCAGAAAAUGCUCCCAAGAAACCAUCUGUGCUUCCAAAAGCAUUGUUGGCUUAUGGGUCUGACUCGGACUAG